GAAAGAAGCAGAACAUUGAUGGUCCCUCUUCCUCCUCCUCCUAAGAAGAACAACCUUGGAUCCUGUCUCACACCCCAUUUUCCUCUUUCUAAGCAACUUUUCUCUUUCCCUUUUGAGCUCUGAAGCUUAAACCCAUCUUGGGAAUGUGCCUUUUCUUUUGCUAUCUUGGCUUCAUAUUAAAUAGUUAUGUGUGAUCACUGAGAAAACCCACUUGGUGGUUUGUUGUCACAAUGAACUCUUCUUCACCUAGGUUGGAUUCAGCUGUGUUUCAACUCACACCAACUAGAACCAGGUUUGACUUGGUUAUAACUGUGAAUGGAAAGAAGGAGAAAAUUGCCACAGGUUUGCUAAACCCAUUUCUAUCCCACUUGAAGGCUGCUCAAGAUCAAAUGGCUAAGGGUGAUUAUUCAAUUGUCCUUAUUCCUGAGCAUGCCAGUCAGGCUACAUGGUUUACCAGGGGAACUGUCGAAAGGUUUGUUCGCUUUGUGAGCACUCCUGAGAUAUUGGAACGUGUGUAUACUAUUGAAUUAGAAAUCUUACAAAUUGAAGAGGCAAUCACAAUUCAAGGAAAUAAGUCUAUAGGGACUAGCAUUGUGGAAGAAAACCAAAUAAAACAAGUAGAAAGCACUGAAGGUACUUUUGAAAGAACAAGCAGGAAGACGAAGCAGGAUACUAGUGAGGAAAAAGCAAUUGUACUUUACAAGUCUGAUGCACAGUUGCCUGAAGCAAAUGGAAGCACCAAAUCAGAAGGAAACUCAAAAGUUCAGAUUUUGAAAGUCCUGGAGACCCGUAAGUCGUCAUUGCAGAAAGAGCAAGGAAUGGCAUUUGCACGUGCUGUUGCUGCUGGUUUUGACAUUGACUACAUGCCAGCUUUGAUGGCAUUUGGUGACUGCUUUGAGGCAUCACGCUUGAUGGAUGCAUGUAUAAAAUUUAUGUCUCUAUGGAAAAGAAAACAUGAAAGUGGUCAAUGGCUUGAAAUUGGAGCUGCCGAAGUGCCACCCAACCGUGCUGACUUCUCUGCAAUAAGUACAUCAGGCAUUGUACUUCCCAAUAGGGUCACUACAUCCCACACUGAUUUGGACUCAGAAAAUAACGGGAAAACUAAUUCAGGUUACCAAGAAAACAUUCAAGGUCAAUUUCCGCAUCACGGGCUCUCCCCUUGGCCUGUUCAUUCUGUCCCAGGUGCUUUACCAGUGUUUCAGCCAUAUGCUGUACAAGGAAUACCCUACUAUCAGACUUAUCCAGGAAACAGCCCGUUUAUGCAGACGGGCUGUCCACCUGUUGAGGAUUCCAGACAAAAUCGUGGUCAAAGUAUGAGGCAUAGAAGACAUUCCUCGGACAGUAGACACAACCAUACUGAAUCUGAAACUUGGGAUAUGGAUUCUUCAAAAACAAGGUUUCAGGAUGAAGUUGAUAUGAAGAUUGAAGGUUUACAGUCUGGAGAACGGCAGAAGAAGGCUAGUCGAUCAGGCAGACAGAAAUCUGGCAUGGUGGUCAUCCGGAACGUUAAUUACAUAACAAAGACCGAACGUUCUUCUGGCAGUAGGUCUUAUUCAGAUUCUGCAUCCGAAACUGAUGAAGAUAAAGAUGCUCAAGAAUCUAUGAAGGCCUCCAAAAGAAGAGGAUCCCGUAAGGAAUCUUUGAAGAGGUUGAAUUCAUCUGAGAAGGAAGAAACAAACCAUAGGAUGGAUGCAGAUGGAGGGCACUGGCAAGCAUUCCAAAAUUGUUUACUGAGAGGUUUAGAUGAAGAUACACAUGCCAUGGACCAAGAUCAGUUUGAACUGGAAAAGGUUGAUCGUGAGAGAAGAAGAAAACAUGUUUCAGUCAAUGAUCCUUUCGAUUUUACUGUGCGGGAUAUGCAUGAAGUUCAAGAAGGUGGCACCAUAGAUUUGCAAAGCAUUAGCAAGGGAUUUCCUAAGUCAUCCAAUGAUGAUUUAUUGUUACCUAGAAGGGCAGGCCAGUCUGGUAAUUUGCACCGCUUCUCAGAUGUGACAGCUAUCAAUGGACAAAAUUAUUCAAGCAAUAAUUUGGAAAGAAAGUUGUUUCAUAAUGAUGACUCCUACAUAGUUGAAUGUAGGUCAGUUGGUGUCUUGGAUGCAGGAAAUACUGAGAGAAAUGCUACUAACAUGCACUUUGACCACCCAAAGGUCCAUACAAAAGAAGAAAAAGAAAAAAAUUCCAAUUAUCAGCUUGAUGAAUUGAGCUUGAUGCCCGAACGAGGAGCAGAAAGAGAGUCAAUGGGUUAUGACCCUGCAUUUGACUAUGAAAUCCAGGCGCAGGUUGAAGGUGGUCCUUCCCAAGAUAACAAGAACAAAGGGGUAUUGGUCCGCACAAAAGCAGGGUCUAAGAUGUUGGAUACAGAGCAGAAAUUAAGACCUACUCCAAAUAGUUCUGAUAAAAGAAAGUCUGUUGGUCCAAUAAGAAGAGGAAAGGCUAGUAAACCGAGUCCAUUGGAUGAAGCACGAGCACGCGCUAAAAGACUGCGGAACUACAAAGCUGAUCUACAGAAAAUGAAGAAAGAGAAGGAAGAGGAAGAGAUAAAACGCCUAGAUGCUUUAAAGAUGGAGAGGCAAAAGAGAAUUGCUGCCAGAAGGAGUAGCUCAAUCACCACUAACAUACCCAUGCCAUCACAACUGACCAAGAAACAUCUUCCAGCGAAAAUUUUACCAAGCUCGCAUAGAGGAUCAAAAUUUAGUGAUUCAGAGCCUGGAUCAUCCUCGCCCUUUCAAAGAUUCCCCAUUAGAACUGCUUCUGUUGGAUCAAAUGAUUCUUCAAAAGCCUCAAAAACCAGCAGGUUGAAUUCUGGAAGCAACUCAGUCACAAGAAAAUUAAGUCGAUCAGUGCCUUCCCUGAUUGAAUCUAAGCAAGAGAAGGCUAAUGGUACAACCAAUACAAAGGCAUCAAUGGCACGCAUUAGAAGAUUGUCAGAACCUAAAAUGAGUAGCAUUCGACAAACUUCCUCAGUUAAAGUAAGAACAAAUUCAAUGACUAAAGUAGCGGAUGAGACUCGGACCAAAAAGAUUUCUGCUAUUGUGAAUCAUGAUAAAAGCAAGACUGCAACUCUUCCAGAACUGAAAAUCAAAAUAUCUAAAGCAAGUAACAUUUUCCAAGACAGAUCAUCAAUUAAAGAGAAGACACAGAAGCUGAAUGGUAAAAAGUCUUCUAUGAAUUCAGAAGGUACCUUGCCGAAAAAGAAUGAAAUUUUAAUUUCACACACUGAUGAUGGAGAUGACAAUCCUAUAAUUGAGAAGACUGUUGUGAUACUUGAGUGUGAAAAUACUUGUGCCCGUGAUAUGAAGGAUGUCAAAUCAAGGGAAAAAAGUUGGAUACAGAAGAGACAGUAUGACAAUGAAAAAGUUAUGGUGAAAAAUGAGAAAGUAUCAAGUUAUGUUGCUGUCCAUGCAUCAGUUUCACCUCGAAGUACAGGCAUAAAAGCCUCAGAGCACCAGUCACGCAUGCAACCCAUGUCCACCAAGGUUAAAAUAGAUAAUAUAGAAAAAGAACCAUCAAGGUCAUCUAGCAUCUGCGUUGCUCAGGAAACAUAUCAUGCCCCGUAUGCCCGAGUUUCUUCUUUGGAAGACCCUUGUACACAGAAAUCAGAGUAUGGUAAAACACCUCCCACAAGCUUGGAGACUGCAUCUUUUGGUACGGAGACCUUCAGAACCCAUGUGUCUGAUACCAGAAGCUCAACUCUUGAGAAGAUUCCUGAGGUAAAUGAGAAGCCUCUGGUUAAGGACCCAUCAAAAGGGUUGAGACGGCUGUUGAAGUUUGGAAGAAAGAAUCAUAACUCGGCUACUGCUGGAGGGAACUUGGAAUCUGAUAUUGCCAGUGUUGAUGGUUCUGAAACAAAUGGACUUGGAUCUAAUGGUUGUUCCUCCAAUGAAGUCCAUUCUUUGAAGAAUUUGCUCUCUCGAGAUGAAACUCCCACAACGAGUGCAACUCCUCAGAAGUCUUCUCGCUCUUUCUCCUUGUUAUCACCAUUUCGAAGCAAUAUCAGAGAAAAAAAGAUAAUGAUGGCUUGAUACAAUUGAUGCUUCUAUCUGAGGUUGAUGCAGUGAUCACUAAUUACUUGAUUAUUAUUUUUCUCUCCUUUGAGCCUCAAUGGACCAGGGUUGUGUUAUUCUAGCUGAAAAUAUCGAGUAAUGUUGCUGUUAGAACCCACCUCUUUGGCCAUGCACUAAAGACAUCGGUGGAAAAUCCACCUCUUUGACAAGAGCUAAUUUAGAUACUUUUUGACAGCCCUUUUGGACUCCAAAACAUUGACCAAAUUAUUGGAAGUCAACACUGGAAGAUUAAUUAUGGUUACCAUGUUUAUCAGUAUAAGAACCAAGAGGAAUCAUGAAACACAUUCCUUAUGGCUUAGACUACAUCAAGCCUCUGGCCGGGAAAAACAAACUAAUAAAUAAAUAAAUAAGACUAAUACUUUUUCAAAAACUUA